UUUAUCUUUGCAUGUUUUAUACAUAUUAACGAUGUAGUUUAAGCGAAAUGAUGUUAAUCACAUAACACGUUAUAUAACGCUGUCACAUCUGAAGAUCGCAUUUAUGCUGCGACAGAAUAAAUAAUCUUAUUUAUUCGUCGUGAUACGCGAAUGGUUUUUACUGCGACGGUCAUAAUAUACUGAUCGCUCGAGGCUUAGCGAUGCUUGAGACACGCAUAUCGACGCACACACAAAUAUGUGUGCCACGUGACGACCACUUAUCGGAGCGGUGUCAGUUGUCAGGCUAGCUCGCUUCCGCGAAGCUCAGUGUCGCGAGAUCAGUGAGUGCGACUUCUUCGUGAUGGAGUCGGGAACUUUGGCGAGAAUAUUGCAUGACUUCUUCACGACUGUCGACGGAGAACUGAGUCUUUCCAAAGGACAUUAUUUCCUGAUACAUGAGAUACUGGACAAACAUUGGUGCUUGGGUCAGUCUCAAGACAGGAUUGGCAAGUUUCCUUUGAGUCACCUACAUAAAGUGGACAUACCUGAGUUUAAUGAGACAGAAAGACUGUUUGUAGCUGUUGCUGACUUUCCUGGGCAGGAGACAGGAGACUUAUUCUUUACACAAGGGGAGCUUAUAAUUGGGACAAGAGACAUAGGCUCAGGAUGGUGCGUGGGCAGAACAGGUUCUCGUACUGGAAUUUUUCCUACAACACAUACGUGGGAACUCGAUAUAACACUAAUAAAGAAAACAUCAAGAAAAAAAUCAAUAAAAAGGAAAGCCAAGGUAAAUACAACAUUGAAAGCACAACUUGAAGAAGAAUUAGAUUUAAUCGCAGGAGAAGUAGUCACUAUCACAGAGAUUUUGGAUGAUGGCUGGUGUCGUGGAGCAACAGAAGAUGGAAAGGAAGGUAUAUUUCCAGAAGGAUUUAUAUCUUAUAUAGAUGUGGAUAAAGAUAUAACCGAUCAAGCUGAAAUAACAAGCUCAGUGAGGAGCAAUUUAGCAUGGUCUACACCUUGCAGUGACAUAACUCACAGUGAUUUCGGUGCAGCUGCUUCCGUGAGCUCAUGUGUACCUGAGGAGCCUGCUCCAAAUUACUUUGAUUUAUUCCCAGAUGCUUUGGCAUCCACCAGCGAUGCAACAGGCGUACAAUGUGAUACUCACGUCAAGUCCAUGGAGAUCAAACCAUACGCCAUAACAUUGUAUCCAUUUAAUGCACAGUUUCCGAACGAACUGAGUUUUGGAGUGGGUGAGGUGGUACAUCUCACUAGGCACAUUGAUUCCGAGUGGAUGGAAGGCAUGAUCGACACAGCUAAGGGCAUUUUUCCAUCGUCUUAUGUUAACGUUAUAGUCGAUUGCGUAGAAACUGCGAAUGAUCAAGUUCAGUCAGAAAUCGAUGUCAUUCCCGCGAAGAAGGACGCUUUAGAACCGGGAGUUACUGUGAAGGUAUUAUACACUUUCGAUGCACAAAUGGACGGUGAUCUGAGUGUUCAGGAGGGUAACGUAGUUACCGUGAUGGACAUGGCGAACGAAGAUUGGGUAAACGUGAAGAAUAAGAACGGUCUGGUCGGUUUGUGUCCGAGAGAAUAUCUGAGCUCAGCAUUCGAUCACUCCUCGAACCAGCGACAAGAAUCAUUAGAGGAUUUGGAAAACUUUGUGAUGAUUAGACAUAAAGAAGAAAACGUUACGACGAACGAGGAACAAAAACCAAAAAGGUUGUCGCAACCGCACAGACCAGCACCACCGGCUCCGGCUCCAGGUAGAGUUCCAUUGCAAAAGGAUCCUGUUCCGAAUGCAGAAGUUUCUGUUCAAGAAGGAAGACGAGGUAACGAGUCCGUAACCGACGGUACGGUUAAUCUAAGAGAGAAGCGUGCGGAUCAACGACAAAACGUAAUUUCGGAACUAGUUAUAACGGAAAAGGAGUACGUCCGUGACUUGAAACUGACGUACGAAACAUUUAACUUGUACGAUCCGAGCUCUCUUAUAUCUAAGGGGAUCGAUGUCGCUACGUUGUUUGGUAAUAUCUUGGAAGUUAUUCACGUUGCCGAGGAGUUAUUGGAUAUGAUCAGAAAAGCGAUGAAAGGUCGCGAUGAGAGCUUGCAGAUGAUCGGACCUUGUUUCGUGAAAAUGACCGAGAAAUUGAAGACUGUUUAUGUGAAGUAUUGUGGCAAUCAUGAAGCAUCGUUAACUUUGCUGAAAAAGUAUGAGAAUAAUGAGGAAAUUAUGAAGAUAUUUAACAAAGGUAUUGAAACAUUGCGCCAUCAGAUCGCUUGUUUCGAUAUGAGUUCCAUCCUGAUAAAACCAGUUCAGAGAAUAUUGAAGUAUCCUCUCAUAUUGUAUGAAUUGAUUAAGUGCACGGAGGACGAUCAUCCGGAUAAAGCAACUACAGAAGAAGCGUGGAAGGCAAUGACGAACGUCGCCAGCUACAUUAACGAGUACAAACGUAGGAAGGACAUCGUGUCCAAAUAUUUGGACAAUGAUAACACGCUAAUCAGCAAAAUGUCGAAAUUAAGCAUGCACUCUGUAGCGAAGAUGUCUACAAGACUGAGCACGAGAUUGUCGGCGAGUCUCGGCUUGACAAACGUCGCGUGCGACGUUCAAUUCGAAGAGCUCGAGAAGCAAUUUCGAUCUAUUGAGAAAUGCACGUGGCAACUGGCGAAGGACGUCGAACAAUGCACCAUGCAUUUAAGCGAGGAGGCCAUGUCCGGGGAUGUGAUAGCCGAGUUUUUGGGUCACUACUAUCAAGGAACGCCCACUUCCGACGUGAAGAAAUUACAAGAUAUAAGAUCCACCAUUUGGACUCAAUACAUGCCAGAUUUUAAAUCGUGCGUCGAGAAGAGAGUUAGCGUGCCGUUGCAUUCGUUAGCGACGCUGUUAGAAGGGCCGGCGGUUCUGAUAUCGAAGAGGCAUGAUAAAUUGCUGGAUUACGACGCUGCCAUUUCUAAGAGUGAGAAAUAUAAAGAAUCAAAAAUUGUGCAAGAAGAGUUAUUUACUGCGAAGAGUAAUUACGAGGCACUGAAUCAGCAAUUGUUGGAGGAAAUGCCUAUAUUGCUAGACUCAUCGGCAAACAUUCUAGUUAAUUGCAUAAGUGCCUUCGCUGGAGCUCGGAAGUUGCUGAGCGGCAGAGUUACCAAGCAAUAUCUGACGCUCUGCGAGUCAUUACCGCACUUGUCGUCACAGGACGUGCUAGAAUCGUUCCUCGUCAACCACAAUUUAGUAUGGAAUCAAAUAAAACGUUUCACGUUCGCCGGUACGAAUCCUCGAGUAGAAGACGAGGGUCAGGCUCAAGUCUGCGUACAAUCCGAUAGGCAGAGAUCCCUACUCAAAGAAAAAUACACAGCCGAUAAAUUGUACACAGUGGUCGACGACGUCGCCAGCACGUCCGCGUUGGACGUAGCUGCUGCAAGAGGUACAUUGAUCGCCGUCAUAAAGAAGCAAGAUCCCAUGGGAGACUCCUCGAGAUGGUACGUCGACACCGGAGUCACUCAAGGAUUUCUGCCGUCUCAAAAACUGAAAUUGGCUCAGCAGAGUCAACCGCGCGAUUGCACCGCGGCGACGUCCAUCGCUGCAACUAGGAAGAGCCCUCCAAAUUUGAUGUCAUUGGAUUCUCCGGAGAAAGAGAUCCCGAAGACAUCUCAGUCACAUCUACAGGAUUUGCUCUCGUUAGACAUCAGUAAAGAAUCGAGAGUGGGUCACACUUACGGUAACAUCCCGGAAACGCCAAAGGUUCAAAUAUAUCAGAAUAUAAACAGCGAAUUUUACUAUGCGAUGUAUGAUUUCGCUGCGAAUAUACCAGGCACAUUAUCCGUUACGAAUGGCCAAGCCUUGAGACUGAUUAGACCGCACGACGAGAAGGGAAACGACGAAUGGUGGCUCGUAGAGAAUCGCGAAGGCAAGCAGGGGUAUGUUCCUCGAAAUUAUUUACAAUCUUCAGCUAAACUGAAAUAAUAAUGAUGAAAUCAAAUCAUGUCACGUUUAUAUACGGUAUUGCUAUUCAGUUUUAUUUAAAAUUAAUUUUAAAAUUAAUCGUUUAUUAGUAGAGCUAUAUUAUCGAAGUAUUUUGCGCAGCUCUAUCCAACGUUUUUUACCUAUUUUAAACUGAAGUUUUAAUCUGAUCUGAUUUAGCCUAAAAAUGAAACAGACUCUUAUAUUAAGUAAAUAUCAACGAGCUAAUGCUCAACGAUAACUUUCGUAAUUCCCUUUUUAGUACUUAGAUUUGUACAUGUCUGAUGUUUAUAUACUCUUUAAAAUUUUUACACAUACAUAUUGAUGUUGUCCAGUUGUUACAUGUGUGUAUAAAUGUACAUAGUGUGUUACCGGGAGCAAACUGUUUCUUCUGUGAUUGUCGUUAUUUUCAAGUACGAAGUAUGAAGUCAGUGAUCGAUAUUGUGACACAGCAAUAAUGCGUAUAUUCUUGCCUAACAAGAUAAAGUUCUGAACGUUUAUUAUGUAAGGAGUGUUGCGUACCUAUCGAAUAUAUAUAUACACACACACACACUGAUGAUCAAUCUUUCUACUAGCAGCAUAUUUUACUUCACAUUUUCCUCUACACGAUUUUGCUAAUCUUUAUAUCGAAUUUGCAGCCACAAUUCUGGAAAUAUAUUUGUAUAUAAAGAGUGUUGUAAUUUCCGAUAAAUUAUAUGCCAUUUAAAAAAUAUGAGUAUAUUCACCAUGGAAAUAUUAAUAAAAAUAUAUGGAGAACAUUAAUUAAUUCUUUAAUUUAAAAUAUGUGCUUUUAAAUCCCUUCGCCAAUAAUCUCUGUCUGCAAUGUCCCUCACUGAGUGUUUGUAUCAAAGGAAGAAUAUUAUCAUGUCAUUUUUAUGUCACGACGAGCUGUUCGGAAUUUAUAAAAUUUUAAUUAUUUCAUCUUUGAAUCUCUUUUGGUCUUUGUUAUGUUCGUUAUUAUUUCAAAAUAAAUUAUUUAAUUCGGUC